AUGCUGUCGUUACAAGAAACUUUGACACCGACGUUGGACGUCAACAUGAACUUUGACACACCGCCGCAGCUAGGAUCAGCUACAAGUGAUGGGGGGUAUGAUUCUGCUACUCCAGAACUGGAAGGGAAUAAUCCGUUUGGAAUAAACACAGGUGGCUCGAAUGUGGCACUUCUUAAUACUGAUCUUGGUUUCUUAGCGAGUGCUAAUUUCUCCUCGGAUUCCCUUCCUGGUUCCGCAGAUAGUUUCAACUCGUUGGACGAUCAAAUACUCAACAACAACAAUAGUCUUAUUACUCACGGACGAAGAAAUUCAUAUACAUCCGUUAGUAGUUCACCUGCGACUUCAAGACCUACGAAUGGGAGGAGACCCAGACCACUUUCUGCAUUUAUGAUGGAUUCCAACAACUACGCCAUCCAUGAAGAAGAACCACAAGAGCAUGGACAACAACAAUUAGAACCGGCAUUCACAAACACACCCCGGUCACGAAAUUCAGUAACAUUUGGUAAGCUCCCGUAUUCACCAAUCCCUACUUCACCAUUAAGGUCGACCUCACCGGUCCGUUCCCAUCGUCAAUAUCGACCCAAGUCUCCAGUUCGGAGAACACCUGCCAGUCCCGCAAAUGUAACAACAUCACCAUUUAAUUUCCAACCCCAGGAAAUGCAACUUAAUGGUUCUUCCGGUCUUCAAGUGAAACCUGCUCAUCGUAAAGGGCAUAAAUAUAAGCAUUCAUCGGUUUCGAUGAAUUUAUUUCAAGAACCGGAAAAGCUACCUAUAAGUCAAACACAACUCAGUGUCAUUCCUGAUUCAUAUCCGAUCCCCAAUUAUAAAGAAACAGUAGCUUCCAUUACCAAUAAUCAAAAAUCUCGAUUAUUGUGGUCGAUCUUACAUUGUGGACUCUCAGUUGGGAUCUUUAUUGUGGGAUUUAAGUUUAAGUUAGCUUCACUUUCAACAUUGGCCCAUUUAGUGUUUUAUGAUUCCUUAGGGUCUUUACUUAUUGUAUUUGUUGAUAUUAUGUCAAAUUUCGAAGUCUGGAAUAAGUCUUCAAUAAUGUAUCCAUUUGGAUUAGGGAGGAUAGAAGUAUUGGUUGGGUUUGCAUUGAGUGCAUCUUUAAUUAUGGUGGGGUUUGAUUUAUUUAGUCAUUUCCUUGAAGAAGCAAUUAUGCUCUGGGUAUCUCAUGAACAUAAUGAUGAAACUGAUGCAGUUGCACCUUCUUCGCAUCAUGUGCAUUCACAUCCUGGAGCUGGUGGUGAUCAUUCUACAGGUUGGAUGAUUUAUGAACUCGUUUUGUUGAUUACGAUGAUUGUUUCAUUGAUAUCAUCAAAUUUUAUAUUGAGUUAUGAUAGAAUCAAUGAGAUGAUAAGUUCCACAAAUCAAAAUGUACCGUAUGGUCAUAAUCGCUCGACCAGUGGGCUUUUGGAUGCAAAAAUUGAAGAUAGUGAAAGUUCAGUUGGGAACAUAACUAGAUUACAAAGAAUCUUUAAAGCCUGGAAACGGAAUCCAAGUCAUUUAAUAACAUUAACAUAUACGCUAUUUUUAUUCUUAGCUCCAAUUAUUCCACAAAGUUUAACAUCUGAUUUAGCAGUUGAUAUCAAUGAAAUCGCGACUUUUGCAGUUGCGGGAUUAUUAUGUUUCAAUGGAUGGAAUUUAGUUAAAUCCUUAGGGGGGAUUUUAUUAUGUUCAUUCCCAUAUUCAGAUUAUGAAUAUGAGAAAUUAAAAUCCAAAAUUAUUGAUCAAAUAUUAAAUCAAGAUUUCUUUAAACCAGAUUAUCAAAUUCAAAAGUUUUUCAUAACGAAAUUUAAUUAUAAAUUAUUUGUGGUUGGAGUUAAAAUAUCUAUGAAAGGUGCUGAUUCUGAUGAAGAAGUUAGAGUAAAGUUUGAAGUUAAUAGAAUUAUAACAAAUGAACUUGCACUGUUGGAUGGGGAAAGUAAGAAAACCCAUCCGGAAAUUACAAUUGAUAUUGAUAGAUUUUGA